GAGGUCUAUUUGAACGGUAGAAAGCGGGCUAGCAAACAUUCGAGAGGGAAACAAAGAGGGACGAACAUCCUGCAACUGCUGGGCGUAUAAAGAACUGGAAUAAUAGGCCAUUUCUACUCAGGAUUCUUUGGCAAUCACACAAGGGCUGCGCCAUGUCUCACAAACAGAUCUACUACUCUGAUAAAUAUGACGAUGAAAAAUACGAGUACAGGCAUGUAAUGCUUCCUAAGGACAUAGCAAAGCGUGUACCCAAGACCCAUCUGAUGUCUGAGACCGAGUGGAGGAACCUGGGUGUCCAGCAGAGCCAGGGAUGGGUGCAUUACAUGAUCCACCAGCCAGAGCCUCACAUUUUGCUGUUCCGUCGCCCUCUUCCUAGCCAAAAAGCAUAAAGGGAGAGAAAUUUAGAGUCCUUGGAAAGGUCAGUCCUACUUGCCACAGCUGUACUCAUCGAACCAGAGGAUUUUGCUGUCAUUCCCAAACUUUUGUGUGGUAGGUGACUUGUGAUUUGGGCUGAUCAUGUUGGACCUGAAGAAGGACAGAGACAUUUCUGAACACUGGUUGUGGACUUGGAGUAUGCGUUGAAGGAAAAAAAUCCAUCACCCGUCUCUUCAGGGAAAGACUUUUUCAUGUGAUAACAGCGAUGCGUCGUUUGCCAGGAAACCUUCACAUCAGUUUACGGUCUUUUGAAAACUGUCAAACUGGCUCAACCUGCUUGGAUAUUCCAGCUUUUUAGAACAAUUGUUAAAAGAUAUGGGGAGUGAAACCUGUACAAACAUUUCAGUUACUCUUACUGAGUGUUUCCUGGGUCAGGCUCAGGUCAAAGGCCAGACAGGCUGGAUCCUAAAUGAAGUUUGACUCUGAAACAUCACAGUGCGGCUUUGAGUGACAUGUUGCUGCUUAGGUUAAAUGAUACUGUACAUCUGCGUUUAACACUUUUUCUUUUUUGUCAUGUGCAUGAAAAGCUGCGUAAGAGUCAUUUAUUAACUAGUCCAUUUUAAUCCAGUUCCUUUCCCAUAAGAGCUUACUUUGAUGGCUUUGCCUUACUUUAACACAAAUCAUUUGACUGGCUCUUAUUGCAGCAGUGAGCUGCUCUGUAUUGAUGAAUGUGUUGCCCCUGUAUGAGCUAAAUGGAAACUUUUAAAUCUUUGCCUUAUGGGGGCAAUAUACAGAGCCAAGUGACACAUUAUUAAAAUCAAAGUUUAAAAAAAAAAAAGGGGUGUGGGGUUGUAGACGGUGGUGGUUA